AUAAACAGAGCGGUUCCACUCUGAGCCCUCACUUAACUUCAAGACCGGCAUUAUCUAAAUUUCUUUGGACUUUAAGAUCAUAUUCUGGCGAGUGGCAAGGACCUUCAACACUUGCCAUUCAGUUUAGGUGUAUAUUGGUUGACACUCCGUAUUCUUGAAUCUUGUCUAGAGCUGCAGUAAACCAGACAGCGUUCCAAACAAAAGCCACUGAAUGACUUGGCUAUAGCCGACAGCCUACAUGCAUUGUUUUUUAUCUAGCUAUAGCUUGAUUUAGUACAUUUCUAUUGGUGCCCGGUUAAGCUGUGUCUAUAGCUAUGAAUAAAUCUAAGCUAGCAAUCGGACUUUUAGUCGUUGGCACUCUGACGGUAGUUUUUGGAACAGUUAUUGUUUUCGUUGGACCAAUCAUUAUCGACAACCAAAUAGUCAAGAACUUAGUGAUAGACCCUAAGAAUGAGAUGUCCUACACCAUGUGGAAGGAUGUCCCUGUCCCCUUCUUUAUGACUGUCUAUUUCUUCAAUGUCCUGAACCCUACUGAAGUCCUGGCUGGAGAGAAACCCAUGGUGGAACAGAGAGGACCCUAUGUAUACAGGAAGCGUAUUCAGAAGCAGAACAUCACGUUCCAUCCAAACCACACAGUGUCGUAUCUUGAAUACAGGAGCUACUUCUUUGAGCCCAGCAUGUCAGUGGGCAAUGAGUCGGAUGUGGUCACCAUCCCCAACAUGCUUGUGUUGGGUGCAGCAGUGAUGAUGGAGGACUUGCCGUUCGCAGUGCGUCUGAUGAUCAGCACCACCUUUAAGACCUUUAAGGAGGGACCUUUCCUCACCAAGUCUGUAGGAAAGCUGAUGUGGGGCUACGACAGCAAGCUGGUGGACUUCCUCAAUAAAUGGCUCCCUGGGAUGCUGCCCUCCACUGGCAAGUUUGGCCUUUUUGCUGAGUUCAACAACUCAAACACUGGUUUGUUCACAAUCCACACCGGCAAAGAUGACAUCAGGCUGAUUCACAAAGUGGACUCAUGGAAUGGCCUGACCAAGUUGACCAAUUGGAAGACUCCUCAGUGUAACAUGAUCAACGGUACAGCAGGACAAAUGUGGCCUCCCUUCAUGACUAAAGAGUCUACACUGCCCUUCUACAGUCCUGACGCCUGCAGAUCUUUGGAGAUGGUGUACCAGCGUGAGGGGAUAAUGGAGGGGAUUCCUCUGUAUCGUUACGUGGCUCCUAAGACUCUGUUCGCUAAUGGCUCAGACUACGCUCCUAACGAGGGAUUCUGUCCCUGCAGACAGUCUGGCCUCCUCAACGUCAGCAGCUGCAGAUCCAACUCCCCAGUGUUUAUCUCCCACCCGCACUUCUACAAUGCUGACCCUGUCCUGCUGGACUAUGUACAGGGACUUCAGCCUACUGAGGACCAACAUGGACUCUUCAUAGACAUCCACCCUGAGACUGGUGUACCUCUGAAUGUGUCUAUCCGUCUGCAGCUCAACUUGUACAUGAAGAAAGUGUCUGGGAUCACGGAAACGGGGAAGAUCUCAGAGGUGAUGAUGCCCAUGAUGUGGUUUGAGGAGAAUGGUUAUAUCGACGGUGAAAUCCUGACGACGUUCCACACUAACAUGGUGCUAUUGCCAAUGGUGAUGGUGUACAUGCAGUACUGUUUCAUAGUCCUGGGCCUGGCCACCAUACUGGGGGUUGUACUACUAUACUACAGGAAGAAGACAAUCCUGAGCAGCCCUCCACUACCCAUCAGAGAACAGAGACUCUCCCACAGCCUCGCCUAACAAACCAACACACUGGUGCUCCCCCCUCUCCACCAGUAGGGGUGCACAUCACAGCAAACAGAGUUCAUAUGAAGUUUGUAGUUCACUGACGGAGUAGCUCAGUAGAUUGUGUUCAGUGAUCUAUACUGUGCAGAGGUCCACUUUGGGACAAGGUCACACCCCUACUGCCUGUCUCUCGUUAAAAUAAUCGUAGAGAUUUCACCUAAUUUAGCUGACACCAGCCUUACAGUAGCUGAGCACACUUCUACUGGCUGGACUAGCUGCGUAGAAUCUACUGGCUGGACUAGCUGCGUAGAAUCUACUGGCUGGACUAGCUGCGUAGAAUCUACUGGCUGGACUAGCUGCGUAGACUUUAGAUGCAUCGUUUGAAUCACACCGGUGUAUGGGCAGUCUAGAUGCUGAAACACAAUGUUCCUUAAGGACAAUGGACUGUACUGAUAAGUUUGUGGCAAGCACAUCCCCGAGGCAUUUUAGGUCAGAGCGUUAUGACUGUUGUGAAUGUUGCAGGGAAUCAGUU